GAGAGAGAAAGGGAGAUGUUGGGUGGAUUCCAGAGAGACUGGAGCUCGCAUUACCAUUGCCACCUAACUCUGAUCUGUCUCUAUAUUGACCAACUCUUUGCUUUCUCAAAUGAAUUGAAGCCUCCCCGAGAUUCAGAUUUCCAGCAAUCCCCUCUUCGUGUUGGAAUUCUGAGUUACCGGAAGAGCUUCAAAAUCAAACAAUGGCAAGCCAGAGAGGGAAAAAAUACAAGCCCAAGGAAACUAGCAACGCUGAUGACAAUGACGAUCAAAAUGAGAAUCAACCAACGUGUAAAGAAGAUGAGACGAAGCUGGCCAAAAUUGAUAAGAAGCAGAAAAAGCAAAAAGCCCUGUUGGAAUUCAGAUGCAUGGUUGAAGACGCAAUUCUUGGAAAUUACCUGUUAGGGAAACCUAAGAUAGCUCUAUCGGCAAGCGAAAACAGAAAAGCUAGAGAGAAGCUCAGAGAGAUUACUUUAUGGGGUGUACCUUUAUUGCCAAGUAAAAGCCAUGAAGGUACCGAUAUUGUACUUACCAAAUUCUUGAAGGCCAAGGGUUUUAAAGUUCACGAUGCCUUCGAGAUGCUUCGGAAGACGCUGAAAUGGCGAAGGGAGUACAAUGUGGAUUCGGUUCUUGAAGAAACUUCUGAGGUAGACGUUGAAAAGUUGGUGUGCAUAGGUAGCAGAGACAAUGAAGGUCAUCCUCUGUACUUCAAUGUUUACGCUGCUUUGAAAGAUAAGAAUCUUUAUAAUGAAUUGUUUGGAUCCCAAGAAAAUUGCGAGCAGUUCCUUAGAUUGAGAGUUCGUUACAUGGAAAAAGGUAUCAGGCUACUCAACUUCAAAGCUGGUGGUACCGAUGCCUUAGUUCAAAUCACGGAUUUGAAGAACUUGCCUGGUUCCACCAUGAAAGAGCUCCGUUUAGUUACCAAGAAAUGCAUGAUGUUGCUCCAAAAUUAUUAUCCUGAGCUCAUUUAUAGAGAUAUAAUAGUCAAUGCACCCUUUUGGUACUAUGCGUCUCAUGUUCUGAGCUCAAAGCUCUUGAGUCAAAGAACCAAGAAGAAGUUUGUAUUUGCCAGACCAAACAAAGUUACUAAGACCCUUCUAAAGUUUAUUGCUCCGGAAUACCUUCCUGCUGAAUAUGGUGGUUUAAAAAGAGAGAAUGAUGAUGAGUUUUGCCCUGAAGACAAAGUCUUAGAGCUUAAUGUUAAGAAGAACUCAACUAGCUCCAUUCAAAUCCCUGUCGCCGAGGUUGGGGUGACCAUGAUUUGGGAUGUGACAGUUGUUGGAUGGGAGGUGUUAUACAGGGAGGAGUUCAUUCCGGAGGAUGAGGGUUCCUACAACGUUUUGCUCAACAAUGAAAAGGAAAAGAAAGGGAUAGAAAGUAUUAGGAAUUCCUUCUAUAUUGGUGAACCAGGGAAUAUAGUCAUAACCAUCCAGACAGGCUAUAAGAAGAAAAGGGUUUUUUAUAGAUAUAAAACCAAACCCACUGUUCCCAUGUACUUCUUCUUGAAAUAGCCUUUCUUACUUCUUUUAUCAUGAUUUCCUAGUGUCUCUCCUAGCAUAUAUGUACUAACAUAAAUAUACGUAUAUACACAAACAUGUCCUUGGUGAAGCUG